GGCUUGACCUCUGGCCGUCACCAAACAGGUAUACACGUCACUUCACAAUGUAAUGCCAACAGCCGUAUCUCUGUCCUUUCCUAACACCAACGUAGCCCCAAGGGCCCAGGCCUCAUCCCCUUCAUCCAUAACGUAACAAAGAACAAUAGCUGCCUUGGUCGCGUCACAACCCCAUCGUCCUAGUCUCUGUCUAGCUACUUCCAUUCCCUUUUCUCCUUCCACUCCCUCAAGCUUAACCAAAGAAAUAGAAUGGCUUCCUACUCUCCUUCCUCUCUUCCUGUUUUCAUAUCUCAUCGACCCUCUAAAAGAUUCCUUUCGUUGUCACUGACCAUUCUUUCGGCAUCAAAGCAGUCUGGACUCCUACGUGCGCCUUCCAGAACCGAGAAUGGUUGGAGGGGCUUCCUGCGGUAUGGGGUCCAUUAUAGUUUAAUGUCGGUGAGCAGCAAUGGGAGUCCAGAAGUAGUGGUGCCAAGAUCGGUGCCAGUUCGUGUUGCGCACGAACUCCUUCAAGCUGGUCAUCGUUAUCUGGACGUCAGGACGGUGGAUGAGUUCAAUGCCGGACAUGCAGUGGGUGCUAAAAACAUCCCAUACGUGUUCAAGGUUGGGUCAGGGAUGAUGAAAAAUCCUAACUUCUUGAAGGAAGUGUUACAAGCUUUUGAGGAGGAUGAUGAGAUAAUCAUUGGAUGCGAUAGUGGGAGAAGGUCACUCAUGGCUGCAGCUGAACUUUCCUCUGCUGGUUUUACAGGCAUUACAGACAUUGCAGGUGGUUAUUCAGCAUGGCUACAGAAUGGACUCCCAACCGAUCAGUGAAAAUGAUCUGGCUGGCAUAUUUAGAGGUGUAUAUGUUUCCAUGGUGGAAAAAUGAGACAUGAGGGCAGCUUCCUAACAAUGGUUUUGGGCACAAAUACUUCAACCUGUCAUCAUCUCAUUUUUCUUCCUGAUCGUAGUUAGCUUCUUUCACAGAAAGAGAAUUAUAUGUUAGAAGUUAAUAAUCAGCAGAUGUCUGUAUAGAUUGGAAGUAUACAUGCAUGAAGAAAUUCUAUUUGCUAUG